AUGGCUGAGUUUUUCGCACGCACGCCCACUGGCUUGCCUCGUCCGAGGACACUUAUCGAUCUGGAAGACAUGGCUGCGCAAACUGUUCGUGGCAGAAGACGGAUUCGGCAAAGGAAUCAAAAUCUCACUAGCAGGAUAACCAGAGCAGUUUUCCGACGCGAUUUCAAUUUGGAUGAGAUAUUUAAGAUUAUCUCCGGCGAGGAGUCCCUGAAGAACUACUUUAAAAUCGCCGGACGACCCAACCUAGGCCGAGUUGGACAAACUUUCAUGUAUAAAGCGACUGAUGCGGAUGAGCUGAUAUUCGAGAGAUAUGAUACCUGGUCAACGUGCUUUGGGCAGUUACGCUCUUCUGCAGAGAAAAAUGAGAAUGAGUUGGAAAUCUGCCUCGGUUACCUCCGACACCACGCAUCUUGGCCGCGCGUUUUCCUUUAUUCACAGAAUCUUCUUGGUCGGCCAUGA